AUGGCAGGUACCAUACGUGACCAGCGAGAUUGCUGCAAGGAGUCUUGUCAAUGCGUCCCUUGCACUCGGAGAUGUGUCUGUGCAUCUGCCAUUGGUUUUAUUAUACUUGCCGUUAUCAUUGCUGCCAUUGCAUUAAUUGUCACAGUUGGUAUCCCCCCACGUACAGCAGUGAAUCGUUUAUGUGUGACUACCAGUAACCAGACAGGCUUUUUAUGUGACAACCGAGAGACCUGUAUACCAGCCAGCCAAGUCUGUGACACAAGAAGACAUUGUGCAAAUGGGGAGGAUGAGCAAGAGACACUAUGUAGUGACUUACCCAACAACCUUCCAGGUUACUUAAUAUUUCAUUGCAGCAAUCCCCGAUUUUGGAUACCUGCAGACAAACGAUGCAAUGGGAUCAAUGAUUGUGGAGACUGCUCUGAUGAAGUAGGGACCUGGGCCAGAUGUCCUCCUUGUGGGUCUCAGUGGUGGAGCUGCACCAUGGUCGUCUUUUACAUGUAUUGUAGCUGCAUUCCCAGAAGCCUUUGUCGAGAUGGCAUACAGCACUGCUUUGACUGGUCUGAUGAAUAUAUCUGCACAAAGUGAGCAGCCAAGGACUGCAAACCUUCACAAGAUAAUGGGAGCAAUUCAUCAAGUACCGUCGUCGUGGAACCACCAUUCAUUUCAGAGGAGCUUUGCAGAGGAUAUUUUAUGUAGUGUUACAUAUAGCGCUUCCAGAUCAAUGAUUUGUCAUUUCUUGAUCUAAGGAAGGUAUUUAUAAACCUCAAAAGCAUCAGCAAAUAGACCAAAUUUAGAAUAAAAGGAAUCUGGAUUUGAUUUUUAUCCAACUUCAAGAGAGGACACAAAUCAAGCAAUAACUGACAAACUUGUAGCACAAUUCUCUUGCUAAAUGAAAUAGCAGAUACACUAUCUGCACUUCUAAUGUAAACCAUGUGUUUGUGUUGGCCCACUUCAACUUGCCUGUCAACUUGUGGAGACACUAUGAAUUUCACUGGGUUUUUGUGGGGAAGGAAUACUCAGAUGUGGCUUUGCCAGUUUCUUCCUCUGAAAUAAGGUGUACAGAACUCGGUAUUCAUUGGCAGUCUCCCACCCAAGUAUUAACCAAGACCAACCCUGCUUAGCUUCAGAGUUCACAAAGUCUUUAAUAGCAUCUUAUUCAUACUCAACGUUAUGAAAUGACUGAUGGCCUCCUGUGCCAAUUGUUUGUUGAAUCUACUUUCCACACUUUCAUGUUUUUUU